AUGCGGUUGUCGACUUACGCAGCCGCCCUUGCAACUGCAACACUCUUCGUCUCUUCACUGACUACUCCCACACCAAACACACAACAUCCAAGAAGAGACACAUUAGCCGAUCGUAUUGAAGACAGGAAUGAUAAGAAGAAGCCUGAUACCAAGUACUUUCACGAGCCUGGAGGCAGUCUUACGCUCGGCCACUAUGAUAAGCGCUAUUUCAAAGGCAUCGUCUCUGAUGAAGAGCGGACGGACACGCAAUCGCACAUGGUCCGCGCUUACCUGAACUUCUUCCGCGAGAACGAACUGGAUACGUGGAUAGCACAUGGAACGUUGCUUGGAUGGUGGUGGAAUGGAAAGCGACUACCAUGGGAUUUCGAUUUAGACACUCAGGUGUCCGAUAGCACACUCAACCAACUAGGCGCAGUACACAAUCAGACGAGAUACCAAUACACCUCCUACGACGGCACCGUUCAACGCGAAUAUCUCCUCGAUGUCAACCCGUGGAUCUGGGAGCGUGAGCGCGGGGAUGGUAUGAACAUCAUCGAUGCGCGAUGGAUCGAUGUGCGGAACGGGCUAUUCAUCGACAUCACCGGACUGAGCGAGACACAUCCGGACGAGAAUCCGGGCCAGUGGAGUUGUAAAAACUACCACCGGUACGACACAGCGGAACUGUAUCCCAUGCGAGAAACCAUGUUCGAGGGUGUCCCGGCGAAGGUACCGUACAACUAUGACAAGAUCCUUGUGGAUGAAUACAAGGAGAAGGCUUUGCUAGAAACGGAUUUUAACGGACACCGAUGGGAUCCCGAGCUCAAGGAAUGGGUAAAAUCACCAGAGACGCUAGCAAAGGAAGAAAAGGAGCGCAAGAAGAAAGAGGAAGAGGAAAAGAAGAAAGUGGAAGAGGAGUCCAAGCUGGACAAGAAGACGGCUGAAGAGGAGUCUAGGCUGGAGUAG